AUGGAGCAAAACAAGGAAGGGUUUCGACCAUUGGACAUAGCUUCAGGUUUAGGACAUGUAGAGAUAGUGAAAGAGCUAUUAUUGUGUUUGAAUGAAGUGAUUUCUUUCUCAGCUGAAUGUGUUAAGGAUUUGACGGAUCUUGAAGAAACGACAUUCCAUUUGGCUGUCAAAUAUGACAGAUUUGAGGUGUUUAAAAAGUUGGUGGAAUGGCUUGAAAAGCUUGGAUUGCCGGAGAUUGUGAAUUGGGUUGAUAGAGAUGGAAACACUAUUCUCCACUUUGCUAUUGUAGAAUUCCUGCUCAACAAAAACAACAUUAUCAGCACACUAAAAUUGAACGAAAGGAACUCAAAGGGUCUAACACCAAUGGAUUUAAUUGAUUUACUGAUGGAAAAUCCAAGUGAUGUUCAGCUCCAUGAAACCCUGCGACUCGCCAGAGCUGUCAGAGCUCGAUAUAUCAAUAUCACAAACACCAUAUCAUCAUCAUCAUCAACAAUAGCUUAUUCUAAAUCUCCAGAGCAGAAUGCAACAGAGACCGACUGGAUCAAAUACUUUCGGUACAAGCACAUGAGAGGCUCGUCGAGUGACACACGCAAUGCGCUUGUAGUAGUGGCUGCACUAAUAGCCACUGUCACCUUCCAAGCAGGAAUGAACCCAUCUAGUGGUUUCUUUCCAGAAAAGUCUAAGUCAAGUAUUUCGUCAAACACUUCUGGUGAAGCCCCUCCUCCUCGACAACGUAAUCCAACAUUUUUUGUCAGUGGAGCUUUUGCAAUUUUGGGUAGUAAGGCUACAACAAACAUGUUCUUGGUUGGGUUUUGCAGCAUCAUUAAGUGUUAUAACAUAUCUCACAGCAAGAUUCCCUUUCCAAAGGGAGCUUCACAUUUCGAUAUACUCUAUAGCUUUUGGUUAUGGAUGGGCAAAUUGAGCCUGACCAUGGUGAUCUCAUUCUCAUUCUCGGAAUUGCUUUUGUUGUACCCUUUUUACUAA